AUGGAGGAUGAUGAAUUCUGCUUCCCAAAACUUUUCAACUCCUCCUGUAAAAAGUUAAAGAAUUCUUAUGCUGAAACUUUACUUAUUUCCUUCAUAUUGUGUUUAGUUUCUCUUGUCACUGUGUCUCUAAACCUGCUGGUUAUCAUUUCCAUCUCUCAUUUCAGGCAGCUUCACAGUCCCACCAACUUUUUUAUUCUCUCUCUGGCUGUCUCAGACUUUUGUGUGGGUCUUCUACUUUCUUUUCAAAUUAUGAUUCUGGACGGCUGCUGGUAUCUUGGGGACCUUAUGUGUCUUCUGUAUUAUUUGUUGGAUAUAAUUAUUAUCUCUAUGUCAGUAGGAAACAUGGUGCUCAUUUCAAUUGAUCGUUAUUUGGCUAUCUGUAAUCCUCUCCAAUAUCGCUACAAAGUCACCCAACAAAGGGCUCAAAUAUGUGUUUCAGUGUGUUGGAUUAGUUGUCUGUUCUACGCCGUUGCGUUGUUGAGAAAUAAUUUUAAAAAACCAGGCAAAUUCAAUUCCUGCUAUGGGGAAUGUGUGAUUAUUGCUGGUUUAAAUGAAUACAUUGUGGAUGUUAUUUUUAUCUUAAUUAUUCCUGUUAUUGUCAUAAUAGUUCUGUAUCUGAGAGUAUUUAUAGUGGUUGUGUCCCAGGUUCAAGCCAUGAAGUCCCAAAUUUCAGCUGUAACCUACCAGCAUUCCAGUAAAGUAAGAAUUUGCAAGUCAGAGAUAAAAGCAGCUGUGUCUUUAGGUGUCGUUGUGGUUAUGUUUCUGGUAUGUCUGUGCCCAUAUUACGCUGUUGUUUUUAUUGAUCAAAACACUAUAUACAACACCUUAUCCACUGUCGUUGUAUCAUGUGUAUUUUAUUUUAAUUCCUGUCUCAACCCUCUGAUUUAUGCAUUCUUCUAUCCUUGGCUAAGAAGAGCUAUAAGAGUAAUUAUGACAUUUCAGAUAUUACAGUCUGGAUCAUCUCAUGCAAACCUGUUAUGAAGAGGUAUGAAGGAAUGAAAUCUUCCACAUAAAUAAUUUAUGUGGAAGCCCAAAAUUCCUAAAAAAAAAGGAAAUUAAGAUUGCUUAGCACAAGAUUAUUCAAAGUGUGACUUGGAAGCUGUUUGUAACCCCUGCAUUGAUUUGUGUGGCAACUAAAUGCAAUUCUUUUUUUCUUUUUUUUUUCCUUCCCCAGUGUCCUGUCUAGCAAUGUGGCAAUAAG